AUGAACUCAUUUUCAGACUCCUUGGUUCCUAAUCCUUGCUUAAUAGCGAUACUUUUGACUAUAUCAACUCACAACGGUCCACAGUUUAUUCUUCACUAUCCACCUGAACCUGACAAUCAUGAUUACAAGGCUGCUUCUUUUAGAACCCCUUGGCAAGAUUUUUCGUCAUCAUCUUCUUCAUAUUCAGAUGCUUCAUCUGAUGCUUCGGAUAUUGAGAUAAAUUCUUCGGAUUCUGAUGACAUUACUACAAAUGAAAACAGCGAUUAUGAUGUUCCUAACAAUUAUAAUAAUAUACUUUCACAUAAAGAGCCAGCAAGACAACAUACUACCACCAAUAACGCUAAUAAUAUGUACUCUGAUAGACUUAGUAAAUCAUUUAAGAAAACAGGGUUAGGACCUGGUUCUACAACCCACAAUUUAUCGAAUCAAUCUCAAAAACCCAAAUUAACACGUUCAGAAAGAAAUCCUUUAAGUCCGUCUUUAAAAAGAUUUACAGAUGAUAUUCAAAAUAUUUACAAAGAAGAAAACCUUCAAUAUUUUUUGUCUAACACACCAUUUGAUCUUAUGGAAGACUUUUAUAAUAAUAAUAAUAAUAAUUCUAUUGGUGGUAUUCCUAUCAAUGCUACAUCUAAAUUUGAUGAAAGCAAUCAAAAACGUAACGAACGUAUCAAAAAGUUUGAUCAAGAUAGCAAAAAUAACAUCGAAAAAAAUGAGUUGAAAAGAACUAUUAAUUUGUCUAGUCCUAAAAUUCAUGAAUCCGCACUGAAUGAUCAACAUGUGUUAAGAAAAGGGUCAAAAGUUGCCCCUAAGUUUAUUUCAGAUGAAAAAACAUUUAUUUCACAACUGGAAGAUCAUAGUUCCAAUAUUGACCAUUUGACAGUUAAUACUGGAUCACACCCUGAUUUCGUAGAAUGCCCAGGAAGUUCGCAAAGUCUUGAUAAAAAUACCCUUAACCAGGACAUUAAUACGCCACAUAAUAAAGCAACUACAUCUUGCGAAACUGUUUUAGGGUUUGAUACCACAUUCUUAAGCGAACUUUUAGUCCCCCCACGCGACAUGUGUAAUACGCUUUUUGAGCUUGCAGUGGAUGAUAUGGUAUUUUUAGGAAUGCCUGUUCAUGUUAGACACGAUGGGCAAUGGCUGAGAAAAAAAACUUCUCGUAAAAAUUCGCAUGAUAAAUGUUCAUCUAAUCCAUUUUCUAAUACCAAUGCUUACAAAGACAGAGAUCCAAUAUUUUCAUUAGACUUUGAAAAUGACCUCAUUGAUGAGGGAACGGAAGCUGAUGACGAACAUGAUAUCUCAUUAAGUCAAGUUACUGGAUCUGACACUGAACAACUUGGUAACAGUGUGUUAGAAAGUAGGAGGGCACUUGAUCGAAAAACGAAUAUAAACAUUGCACCAACUAAUCACAUUAACAAAAAGUAUAGCUUUUUUGACAAGGAAAAUCCGAAAUCUUCGAAUCAAAAACUUAAAUCGUUUGAUAAAACUUCUUUCGAUAGCUCACAGCCCCAAAGCUUACAUCAUGAUCUAUCUGGAAAGAAAUCUCAUGGAUUUAUUGAUUCUAAAUCAGAUAUGCGAAUGUUUCAUGUGUCGUUUGUUGUAAACCCUCCUGUUCGUGAGUUUCCGGAACGUAUUUCUCAGAUGUAUCAAUGCAUCGCAUCAAGAUUUGCAAGAAUGCUUAGGUAUGAACAGGCAAAGUCAAAUUACGUUUGGAAUGAAAUCUUGCUUAUUCUAGAAGCAAGAGAGAAAACUUUGCAAGAAGGAGGCUCUUUAAUUGAUUGUUGGGAGGAGAUUUCAAAAUCAUCAUCCUUGGCUGCUGCUAUUGGUCAACUUUACGAUUCUAUAUCUCGCAGCGAGAUAGCUAAAUUUACAUUGAAUCACAAGUUGCAUUCUCUUCAAAUUCCGAUAAUUACACAAGUUGAUUCUCUUCCAUCUGUUAGCCAAAAAGUCUUCUCAGGGACAGAACUUUCAACGUUACCUCCAUUUGAUGCACUAUAUGAUGAGCAAAAUCCCAAAAUUCAAAGUCUCGCCCUUUUACUUUUAGAUGAUCCUUAUAAUAUCAUCCGAGAUUUUCGACUCAAUGAGGAUUCUUCCCUUGCCGUCUUAUUGCAUAAAAUUUCACCGACAGAAAGUAUAGCGAAACUGUCCUCAAAAGCCAAUACUGAUAUUAGUUAUUUGACUGAUUUAGCGGCACAUUUAAUUUAUUGGAGAAAAGCUCGUCCUAUACUGCCUAUCUCAAGGAGAAAUAUAUAUAUUGUUUCCCCUUUAGCUCCAUUAACACAGCUUUACAGUUUGUCCAUUGUAUUUAAGCAAAUAUUUCCGACGCUCCCGUCUUUGUCUUCUCUCUUAUCAAGCAUUUCAUCUAACGAGCCUAAACAGUUUAAACAUAUUUUUCCAAUUGAUAAAAAAGAUGGUGAUCAGAAAAGACUACACCAUGAGGCUAUUUCUUGGCUUAUAAAGUAUGGGUUUAUAUCUCUCAUUCAAACUUUUUUAUUAGUUAAAAUAUCUAAUGCAAUUAAAACACUAGUCAAAAAUGAUAUUCAACAAGGGGAGCUUCAAAAAGAUAUUCAAUCUGAAGUUAAAAACAAUGCUUUACAGAAAGUAAAUGCUGGGUCUUCCAAUUCUCAACUAGAUGUCAAAGACAUACUUAAAAAUGAUUCCAUUGGGUUUAAAAAUUUAGAAGGGUCUUACGACACUUCUAUAACUGGUGCUAUUACUAUACCUAAUAUUGCAACUACCACUAUUAAUUUACGCAAAGGUGGCGCAGGAAGCACUGAGAUAUAUUUCCAAGUUCCUGUAAGUAAUGAAGAAACAGAUUCACUUUUACAACAAAAUAGUCAUUUGUCCCGGAGCUUCAAUUUUGAAAAUUCACAUGUCAAACAGGAUUUUCGAUCACCUUGCAAUCCUUUAACUGAGGCCCCAGCUGUAAUACAAAACUCACCUGGUGUAGCAUCUCUAAAAAAAGGGAGUAUAUCAGGAUUUUCUUUCACUCAGUAUGGUUCUUGGUCUGAAUCUGCAAAAUUUGCUUCAAAUACUAAUUUCAAGCCUACUCAUGAUUUAUCUGGUAACAGAGAAAAUUUUAUUCGAUCCAAAUUUUUUUUCAGUGCUUCUGUUCCCAACACUGCUCCAAUUGCAAAUAACGUUAUUACAAAAACUUCAAACUUGUCAUCUUCUCAAACUUCGAGAACUCAUUUUGGAGUUAAUCCACAUUGUCUCCGCCGUUCUAAAUUAGCUAAUGGUUUAUCAAAUGAUAUUACUGAAGAAGAAAACAUUUCCCCGUCUGAAGAAUGGUCUGAAGAUACAAUAAUUUUAGAACCAAGAAGCGCCACGGCAUUACAGAUGAGAUGGAUAGAAAAGCUUCUUCAAAAUAAAUCACCUAAUGUUGUUGUAAAUUUUCGAAAAACGAUGAAAUAUAUGGAUGGACAAACACCUAUGGAAUGGGUAUUAUUACAAGAGAAUAUUAGUAAUAAGGAAUUUUAUGAAUUAGUAAAUUGCUUGAGCGAUAAUUUAGUUAUUGUUCGUCAUUGGUAA